UGUCAUGAGCGUGUUAUAAAACGGUUGGGAUGAUUUUAUAUGCCAGCUAACAGAGUUUACACGAUUAACCGUCUGGAUUAUCAAUAUUGUGCAAAAUGGGGAUAGCGGAUGAGGCUGACCGGACUCUGUUUGUCGGAAAUUUGGACCCUGAAGUAACAGAAGAGCUGAUGUUCGAGCUAUUUUUACAGGCUGGGCCAUUGCUCAAAGUCAAAAUACCUAAAGACAAUGAUGGAAAAUCAAAACAGUUUGCUUUUGUGAAUUUCAAGCAUGAAGUCUCUGUGCCCUACGCUUUGAACUUGCUGAACGGAGUCCGGCUGUUUGGAAGGCAGCUCAACAUAAAGUUCAGAGCUGGCAGCAGUCAUAUUAAUCAAGAGGGCAAAAGUCCAGCAAACUCUCAAAAUCCCUCUCCAGCAAGUACACCGGGUCACCGUGGUGGAAGAACCCCAGAGCAGAUGGGCUCUCCAACAUUCUCCUCUCCCCAACAUCUUCAAAGGUUGUUCACUUCACCUGACAGUCUGCAGAGACAGGCAAUGAUGAACAGUAUGUUGCAGUUGCACCAGCCAAAUGGAGCCUUCCAGCUUAGUAUGCAACAACAACAACAGCAGCAGCAGCAGUUAAGGGGUGGUGGAGGAGUUGUAGAUGGUAACCAAUGGCAACAGGAUUGGUCUGCCCAGCGCGGUCAUCGCCACUCCCAACCGGACAAUAGCAGCCAUCAUGGCAGAGAUCAACGGCACAGCAACAGUGGGAGCAACCAUGACCGCCAUCGACGUGAUAGCCAGCGGGAUGACUUCUUUCACCAUGAUGACCGUAGUGGAGGACGCAACAGAAAUUACACUCCCGAAAGGCGGAGAGAUUCCAGAGACUCUAGAGACGGACGUUGGAAACGAUUUUAAAAAGAAACAUAUGCAUUUUUAGAUCUCUUGAUAUUUUAAUUUUAUCAAUAGUUUUUAUCCACUUUUGUUUUUCCUCCAAGAUUUUUAAAAUGACAUAUUUUGGUUUAUUAUAUCUUAUGUAACAGACCUUUGUUUAAAAAAAAUAAUCUUUUGCAGUGCAAAUAUGGAAAGAAAACAAUUUAACACAUUGAUGUUAAAUAAUUUAUACCUAGAAGAGAAAUACUUUGCAGAGAUACAAAACAAAUAAGAAAUUGGCCAUUUUGUGUGCUGCACUUUUAAAAAAUGUAUAUAUUGAUCUCAGGGGGACACUUGAUUAUAUAUUUUAUUUUUUUAUUUUUUAAGACUUUUCUUAUUAAGAAAUAUUUCUUUAUAAUACCAGAAUGGAUAAAGGAAAAAAAAGUGAUAUGGUAGAAACGCAUCUAGUAUUUUUUUUCCAUUUUGUAAUGUUUUAAGAUUUCUCAUUAUAAAAAAUAGAAAACACAUUUUCAGGUGCGUUUUUGUUUUGAGAGAUAUGUAUGCGUCUUGUUUUAACUUUUGCCUUUUUCUCUGAUGAAGACAUUUUAUAAAUCAAAUUCCUUACAGUCUUGAAAAAUCUUUGGAACAAUAACUAAUUUAAAUACUUUUGUAAACACAGCAGCAUUUUUAUUGGCAAGUGAAACCAACGCCUUGUUACCUGUUAAUUUUCAUAAAAGUCACA